UCGUGGGAUUACUACGAUGGAGAUAUCCAGAAAUUUCAGAGAGGAUCUGUCUCGCUCUCUCAAGCUCAAAAAUGGAAAACCGCCACUGGGUAGUAGCUCAAAGCCAUCUCAAAACCCCAUCUCUCUGUCUCCAGAAUCCAAAAUUUCUAGUACCUGUCAUCUUCUGGUAAUACCCUCGGGCUGGUUUUGAGAUUGGUUGUAGUGGUUGAUUGAUCAGUACCAAUGGAAACCAAGGUUGGUAGCAUCGAUUCAUACAGUCCUGCCUGCAACGGCGUGGGAAGCCUCCCAUCUUCCGCCGUAUCCGUCGUCCAAAAUUCUGUCGCUCCGGUCCCCAGAUCCGAGGCCACCCUGGGUCGCCACCUCGCUCGUCGACUCGUCCAGAUUGGUGCCACGGACGUCUUCUCUGUCCCCGGUGACUUCAACCUUACCCUACUUGACCACCUCAUCGCAGAGCCUGGUCUCAACCUUAUUGGCACCUGUAACGAGCUCAACGCUGGGUACGCCGCCGAUGGCUUUGCUCGUCGCCGUGGUGUUGGUGCCUGUGUCGUCACGUUCACCGGUGGCCUGAGCGCUAUCAACGCAAUCGCCGGUGCCUACAGUGAGAAUCUCCCCGUCAUUUGCAUUGUCGGUGGGGCGAAUUCAAAUGAUUAUGGUACCAACAGAAUCCUUCACCACACCAUCGGAUUGCCCGACUUCAACCAAGAGCUUCGGUGCUUCCAGACUGUUACCUGCUUUCAGGCGGUGGUGAAUAACUUGGAAGACGCACAUGAAUUGAUCGAUACGGCCAUUUCGACGGCUUUAAAAGAAAGCAAGCCUGUUUAUAUUAGCAUCAGCUGUAACUUACCGGGGAUCCCUCAUCCUACCUUCAGUCAUGAUCCUGUCCCCUUCUGCCUAUCGCCCAAAUUGUCCAAUCAGAUGGGUUUAGAAGCAGCUGUGGAUGCCGCCGCAAAGUUUUUGAACAAGGCAGUCAAGCCAGUUAUGGUGGCUGGGCCGAAACUCCGAGCGGCAAAGGCCACCGAAGCCUUUGUUGAGCUUGCAGAUGCUUGUGGCUAUCCCGUCGCGGUGAUGCCGUCGGCGAAAGGGUUGGUGCCAGAGGACUACCCGAGGUUCAUCGGCACAUACUGGGGAGCUGUUAGCUCUCCUUACUGUGCAGAGAUAGUUGAAUCUGCAGAUGCCUACAUCUUUGCCGGACCCAUUUUUAACGAUUACAGCUCAGUUGGCUAUUCGCUUCUAUUGAAGAAGGAAAAGAUGAUAAUGGUGCAGCCUGAACGGGUAGUGAUCCUCGAUGGACCUGCAUUUGGGUGUGUUCUUAUGAAGGAUUUCUUGCGGGCUCUAGCGAAGAAGCUCAAAUUCAAUUCAACUGCUUACGAGAAUUACCGCCGUAUAUAUAUCCCUGUGGGGCUUCCUCCCCAAUGUGAACCCCAGGAACCCCUAAGGGUUAAUCUCCUGUUCAAGCACAUACAAGCAAUGCUGUCGGGUGACACUGCUGUGAUCGCGGAAACAGGGGAUUCAUGGUUUAAUUGCCAGAAGCUGAAACUUCCAAGAGGUUGCGGGUAUGAAUUCCAAAUGCAAUAUGGAUCAAUUGGGUGGUCAGUUGGAGCAACACUAGGAUAUGCACAGGCUGCAAAGGAUAAGCGAGUCAUUGCCUGCAUUGGAGAUGGAAGCUUCCAGGUGACAGCGCAAGAUGUGUCGACGAUGCUGCGUUGUGGGCAGAACAGCAUCAUCUUCCUUAUUAACAAUGGUGGUUACACUAUAGAGGUUGAGAUCCAUGAUGGUCCAUACAAUUUGAUCAAGAACUGGAACUACACCGCGUUGGUGGAUGCAAUUGAUAAUGGUGAAGGGAAAUGCUGGACGACUAAGGUAAGAUACGAAGAUGAGCUUGUGGAAGCAAUUGAAACAAUGAUGGGACCUAAAAAAGACUCAUUGUGCUUCAUAGAGGUUAUUGUUCACAAGGAUGAUACAAGCAAAGAGCUACUAAUAUGGGGAUCAAGGGUGGCUGCAGCAAAUAGCCGGCCACCAAAUCCUCAGUAGAUUCAAGUCUGCAGCUCCUGAUGUGUUCUUUCCAGUAGCUGUGAGUGUAAAAUAGUUCUUCAGUUAAUUCCUCAAGAAUAGGAUUCUGUUCAUCUUUUUUUAUUAUGUGGCAGAGUUGUACUGUCAAAUUUUGUAUAUAUGGGUGUGUUUAUCCUGGAUCAAAAGAGGUAAGGGCUGGCCUAAAAUGAUCAUAGGCGAAAUGGUGACGAAUAAUAUGCAUAGUCUCGGCUUUGUCCCAAGUAUGACUUUGGAUAGGGCCUAUUGGAGGGUUAGGAUCCAUAUUGUUGAUUCCAUUUAGUUGAAAUUCUCCUA